AGAAGUGAAAUUAUUGAAUGAUUGUUUGUUUCUUUUCGGUGUGCACAUUUGUAGACGGUCUCUGCGCACUGGUAUCGUUGACCAAGUUAUUCUGCACAGAGAAUAGCUCGUUUUGAUUAAAAAAAUAGUUUGUUGCGUUGUCGUUUGCUGUCUAACUUUCGCUUGGGAGUUAUUGGUCCCGAAGUUCGAAUGUGUGAACAUAUUACUAGAGUAUUUUUAAGUUGUCUUUUCUACAGUUACACAUUUACUGUAUUUUUGUUGUACAUCCACAUUGUCGUAAAAUUAAUACUACGUUCUGUAAUCCGGUGACAAUAUGAUACUUUUCCCCGUCACUUUAUCAGUAGUGACAUCAUCGAAAUAGUAAGAACUUCCGGGUUGAAGGUCUUUAGCGGUUCUGUUUGUUAUCUAGCUAACAAGAGCUAGCCGCCUCUUGGCCAACGUUAUUAGUUUACCCAAGAUGAAGUCAAAGUCCUCUCAGUGGUGAAUUUCGUGCGGCCAACUUAAGGUGCACUUAAGAUUGUUCCGAGUCACCAUUAUAAUCCGCCAUGUCCUCACCAAAUGAGUCUGGGGCCCGUAGAAAGGAGCAAGAAAGGGCAGCCCGGCCCAAGGUAAGACUGAGUCGUUCAGAAGAGAGACGAGACACAGGGUGCGGGCAGAGGGGCGCUAAGGGCAAGUGGAAAGGUUUUGCUGCCCAUGAGCCGGCCGUUGAACGACCCGUCAGUGAUGGCUUUGAAUAUGGAGACUUCUUAAAUGACCUUGAAAGCAAGGACAAGGCCGCUGCUGCCUCCUCUUCUCAGAAAGCAAGCUGGAGAUGUCACAGUGUGGAUGCUGCGACCUUAUUGCUAUCUGAACCAGCGACAUCCACUGCAGGGUUGGCAACAGUCAGCUCUUGCGCAGAGUUAUCUACGCCCAGUGAAGGAGACUGCAGAGGAUCGAGCAGCAGCGCUAGCAGUCGGACACUUCGGCAAAAAAUCCAAGAUGCGAUGGGGCAGUGUUUCCCCAUUAAGACACAAAGUGCAGAGAGCACGCCACCACUUCCUCACACGUUCUUCUUGUCAGCAGGCUGCACCUCCUCCAGACGGAAGAUCCAUCUAAGUGAGCUGAUGUUGGAUGACUGCCCUUUCCCCGCGGGGUCAGAGCUGGCUCAGAAAUGGUAUCUCAUAAAGCAACACACGGCCCCCAUCACCCACCUCCCAAUACUCGACACCACUGCGGCAUGCGGUGCUCUGGCUUCCACCGUGGCAUUCCCGACGGAGGAUGUGGAUGAUAGGCUGAGGGAGCGCAGGCGCAUCAGCAUCGAGCAAGGCGUGGAGCCGCCGCCCAAUGCACAGAUCCACACGUUGGAGGUGACGUCCCAAAUUAACUUGCUCCACAGGCGUGGGCCCAAAGUGGCUCACGGCGUGAAUGAGCUGACGGGAGCCGAGCGAGCUCCUGCAGCUCAUCAGCAGAAGCAGCUUCUCUUGCAGAGGCAGAAGCAGCAUCAGCUUCUUCUGCAGAGUUGUUUGGACACCCUGGAUGAGGUGGUGGCCUCCUCUUCCUCUUCAGCAGCUAAUGAAGUUAGCACCACGUCUGUGGUCCACCCAGAGGCGACCAGCUCGCCCCCAAGAGCUAGCCCACACGUUCACACUCAGAUCGACUACAUUCAUUGUUUAGUUCCUGACCUGCUGCAGAUCACCAACCUGCCUUGUUACUGGGGCGUCAUGGACCGCUACGAGGCGGAGAUGCUCCUGGAGGGGAAACCUGAGGGCACCUUCCUUCUGCGCGACUCGGCCCAGGAGGACUACCUCUUCUCAGUCAGCUUCCGCCGCUACGGUCGCUCGCUCCACGCCCGCGUCGACCAGUGGAACCACAAUUUCAGCUUUGACGUGCGGGAUCCGAGCGUCUUCCACGCGACAACCGUCACGGGCCUGGUUGAGCACUACAAGGACCCCAACUCAUGCAUGUUCUUCGAGCCGCUACUGUCCAUCCCCAUGCCUCGCACGCAGCCCUUCAGCUUGCAGCAAAUCUGUCGCGCCGUCAUCAGCAGCUGCACCACCUAUGACGGCAUCAACACACUGCCCAUCCCAAACACCUUGAAGAAGCACCUGAAAGAAUACCACUAUAAGCAGAGGGUACAUGUUCGCAGGUUGGACACAUGGUGGGAAUGACCGUUAACAACUGAAAUCACUUUUAGCAGCCUGUUUUCCACUGUACAGCUCACCAAACUGUGCUUAUUUAUUGUACUGUAUAUCCUGCUGUGUACAACUGUACCACACUGACAAGACAAUAUGUAAACUCACUGGUCUCUAAUGUGCUUUCUGCUAUAAUAAACGUACUGGAUUUAUAUCUCUGGUGUUUUCAGGUGUGAUUAUAUCAGGGUUGUGAUGACCACAGGCAAAAAAACAUGUCAUAUGUCUCACUAUAAGGCAGUAAACCUUUCUUUUGCAGCGCAAUCCACAAUAUGGUAACUCUAUUGACCCAAAUAUAAGAUGUUAUUUUUUUCUUUAGAAAAAAUGUCUUAUAUUCGAGAAUUAUAUAUAUACACAUGCAAACCAACCGGUGGUGCUGAAUGACUUCUCCCCACGCUUUUCUUCCUCUCACUCACAUGCAUACAUACGCACACAAGUGACCCGCUGGAAAAAAAAAAAGUUUUAAAAGUUAGCAAACAAAUGAGGAGUUAUGAUGCAAACAUUCACAUAAUGGUAAUCAAUGAAUAUAUGUGUAUGUAUGUAUGUAUAUGUAUAUACAGUUGUGUGCGAAAGUCAGGGCACCCCUUUAAAUACAGUAUAUUUUUUAUAUUAAAAUAAUAUUAAUAUUUAUAGUCUCUUGUAAAUGGGGAAAAAGACAAUAUGAUCAGGAAACAUUAAUGCAUUUUAUUUUAUCAAUUGAACUAAAUUACAAAAAUAAACAUAACUUUGGCAUGUGCAAAAGUCAGGGCACCAGACAGCGUCAGUACUUAGUAACACCCCCCUGACAGAGGUCACAGCUUGUAAAUGCUUUUUAUAGCCAACUACAAGACUCUCGAUCCUAUUAUUUGAGAUUUUCCCCCAUUCUUCCUUGCAAAAGGCUUCCGGUUCUGCAGUAUUCUUGAGUCGUCUUGCAUGCACUCUUUUAAGCUCUACCCACAGAUUUUCAAUGAUUAAGUCUGGAGACUGUGAAGGCCAUUCCAAAACCUUUAGCAUGCGUUUCUUGAGGUAGACCAUGGUGGAUUUUAAGGUAUGUUUAGGAUCAUUACCCUGUUGUAGAAGCCAUCCUCUUUUCAGCUAAAGCUUUUUUUUUUUUUUAUACACAUACUGUGAUAUUUGCCUCCAUAAUUUGCUGGUAUUUUAAUGGAAUCCAUUCUUCCCUCCACCCAAGCAAUGCUUCCUGCCCCACUGGCUGCAACACAACCACAAAGUAUGAUGGAUCCACUCCCAUAUAUAACAGUUGGCAAGGUGUUCUUUUCAUGAAAUGCUGCUGCUUUUUUCUCCAAACAUACCUUUGCUUAUUUGGCAAAGAGUUCUAUACGUGAUCAGUCCACAGCACUUGUUUCCAAAAGUCACCAGGCUUCUGUAGAUGUUCUGUUGCAUAUUCUUUGACAUUUUAUGAUGAGGACACAGGUGAUGUUUUCUGCAGACUCUUCCAUGAAGGUCUUGUUUGUGCAAUGUCGCAUUGUGGAAACUGCAAGUUUAAAACGUUUUGCUGUCUUCUUGUAGCUCUCCCUGGCAUUGUGGGCAUCAAUAACUUUCAUUUUUCUUG